CGCACAUAAAAGAUCUCCUUGAGGUCGCAUCUCUUAAAUGGAUUAAGAAAUUCAGUGGCUCGCUGAGUCUCGAUCGUGCUGGAGCUCAUCUUUCUCCUCUUCUUCAGAGCAAUUUAAAGUUCUUUAUUUUUUUUACAAAGAUAAAGGAAGUUUAGAGAAAUGAGAAUUAUUCAGUGGAAUUUUGUGGCAUUUCUGGGAUUAUUGAGUGUUUUUGGUACUUUUAGUUCUUCCGCAGGCAUUAAGCCACUUUGGAAUGCUACUUGGACGGACAACCUCAAGAGAGAUCUCUUUAUGAAUAAUUAUGAUAAAUUUGCAAGGCCUGAACAGUUCUACAACACAACGAAUGUCGAAAUUGGCCUUACAAUCCUCCAUGUUGAUGUUGAGGAAGCCAAAUCCAUCAUUAAUGUUAAUGGCUGGAUCAAAUUCAAAUGGAAUGAUCCGAAGCUGCGCUGGAAUGAAUCCGACUACGGUGGAUUGACCACCAUUCACGUGUCUGACCACGAGAUCUGGCAGCCUGAUAUUGUGCUGUACAACAGCGCUUCCGGGAACUCUGUGGAUCACUAUGGGAACACCCAUUCCAUCCUGAACAGCAAUGGGGAUGUCUUGUGGGUCCCACCGUACCUCUUUAAAGCCUUUUGCUCUUUUGACCUCUCCUACUGGCCCCUAGAUCAGCAUACGUGUCGCGUUGUAAUCGGCUCGUGGACCUACAAUGGCAAUAAAAUUAAUUUAGACUUUCAGGAAGGCGAGGGGAUCUCCCUGGAGAAUAUGUACGAUCUUCAGCACGAAUGGGAAAUUAUUGGAACGCAAAUUAAGCGCAAUGAGAAGAUCUACGUGUGCUGUCCAGAACCCUACGUGGAUAUUUCCUAUAACAUCACCAUCUCUCGUAGGACGCCAAUGUAUAAAGCCCUCGUGGUAACGCCCGUUACGGUGAUUGUUCUCCUCACACUGGCCACAUUCUGGCUUCCAUCAUCGUCGGGCGAGAAGAUCCUUCUCAAUGGCGUUGUGGCAGUUUUCAUCUGCCUCUACAUGUUCUACCUCCACAGCCUGAUUCCCGCCAUGACCUUCAACACUCCCUAUUUGGUGCAUUUCCUGGAUUCCUGCCUCUACCUCACGGGCUUCUCCACCGUAAUUGCCGUGAUUGUGAUUAGCUUGUCACGCAAUCGGUACGCCUCCAGCAUGCCGUGGGCUAUUAAAUCUUCCCUCGAUGGGCGAUGUGGGAGAAUCCUUGGGCUUCAUUUCCUGCAGGUUCAACCGAAUAUUCAGCAACGAAGUGAGGAGCUGAGAGAGCCUCCAUUUGAGGAGAACAACACCCCAGAUGAUCGUCACAUGAUCCAACCCAUCAGCAAGAGCUCCAGCCAGCACGAUUGGAUUCUCUUUGCCACAGCCAUCGACAGGCUCACCUUUGUCAUUUACUGCUUCAUCUACGUGGUCCUCGCCACAAUCUAUUGCGUGUAAUUGUUUAAAUCUUCGCUUCAUCUUGCCUCUAAAAGGAAAUAUUUGCCUCUAUUUUUAUAUUUUUCGAGUAUAAUAAAUGAAUCUUACUACUGUUUCA